GGAGGCGUCGCUGAAAACAUUCACCCGUUCACCACACACACACACACACACACACACACAGACCGCCAGGAACCCAUUUCACAACAAACGGAUAAGGCGACAAACAAUUCUCAUCAACUCCGUUUAGCGACGUUCAUUUCCUCACAUUGCAAUGAAAUGAGGGGAGCAUGGGGGCCAAAGAGUCACGGAUAGGAUUCCUGUCGUAUGACGAGGCCGUGAAGAGAGUCACCGAUGUGGAGCUGAAGAGGCUGAAAGAUGCCUUCAAGAGAACCAGCGGCCUCACCUAUUACAUGACCCAGCAGUGCUUCUACAGGGAAGUGCUGGGAGAUGGAGUUCCCCAUAAAGUUGCAGAGGUGAUCUACACCUCAUUUGGAGGCUCGUCCAAAGGGCUUCACUUCAACAAUCUGAUCGUGGGUCUGGUGCUUCUGACCCGAGGACGCGAUGAGGAGAAGGCCAAGUACCUCUUCAGUCUGUUUGCCAGUGAUCUGGGUGGAUAUGCUGCAAGGGAAGAUAUCGAAGCGGUUCUGCAGGUCCUGGAUGGAGAAGUCCCGACCUCCCUCAAGAAGUGUUUCAGUGAGGGUGACAAGGUGAACUAUGAGCGCUUCAGGAACUGGCUCCUACAGAACAAGGAGGCCUUCACUCUGUCCAGAUGGCUCCUGUCUGGAGGCGUGUGUGUCACGCUCACCGAUGACAGCGACACGCCCACCUUCUACCAGACCCUGGCUGGCGUCACACACUUGGAGGAGUCAGACAUUAUAGACUUGGAGAAGCGCUAUUGGCUGCUGAAAGCCCAGUCCAGAACUGGCCGCUUUGACUUGGAAACCUUUGUCCCAUUGGUCUCUCCUCCCAUCCAUGCCUCACUGAGUGAAGGCUUGUUUCACGCCUUCGAUGAGAAUCGGGACAAUCACAUCGACUUUAAAGAAAUCUCUUGUGGACUCUCGGCGUGCUGCAGGGGGCCUGUCGCUGAAAGGCAGAAAUUUUGCUUCAAAGUGUUUGAUGUGGACCGUGAUGGGGUUCUGUCACGAGAUGAACUCCAUGAAAUGGUGGUGGCCUUGCUGGAGGUGUGGAAGGAUAAUCGCACAGACACACUCCCUGAGCUACACAGUAGCGUGUCAGACAUAGUAGAGGACAUUCUGAAGAUGCAUGACACAACCAAGCUGGGUCACCUGACCCUGGAAGACUACCAGAUCUGGAGUGUGAAGAGCGCUUUGGCCAAUGAGUUCUUAAACCUGCUUUUCCAGGUCUGCCACAUAGUGCUGGGGCUCAGACCUGGUACUCCUCAGGAGGAGGGACAAAUCAUCAGGGGUUGGUUAGAGAGGGAGAGCAGACAUGGGCUGCAGCAAGGUCAGAACUGGUUCCUCAUCUCCAUGCUGUGGUGGCAGCAGUGGAAGGACUACGUUAAAUAUGGCAGUCCCUCCUGUUAUCUUCCUGUCCAGGAGCAUAAGGGCAUUGUGGUGGAGCAGCCGUCCAUCCUGAGCUCACUGAGAACUCCGAUGGCCACGGCCACUAUAGAGCCCAUCCCACCGGACAGACUGGGAGGACUGGGAACCUUUAGCCCAGUCAGCCCCACUGAGGAGAGGUCACCUGAUGCUGUGUCCAGCGCCUCGGAGGCUACAGAGACCGCGCUGAGCCCCCAGGUAGCUCCCUCCGCUACAGAGAGCUGUUUCGCCCGUCAGCACAACGUGUCGGACAACAACAAUCAGUGUUUUUCUGGAGCCAACGGCCACCUCCCCUCGCAGCUGGCAGCACAAAGACCUGGAGCCAUCGACAACCAGCCUCUGGUCAACACCGACCCCAUGAAGGCCCCUACGUUAACCAUGGAGGGUGGCAGGCUGAAGCGCUCCUUGCAGCUGGCGCCUGGUAGGGACUUUGAGACCGUGCCAGAGCCGGUGUGGCGGGCUCUCUACCACUGGUACGGUGCCAACCUCAGCCUGCCGCGACCGGUUAUCCUGGAGAGCAAGACAGGCCAAGCAGAGCUGGAGCUCUUCCCCCGCUACCUCCUCUUCCUCCGCCAGCAGCAGGCCACACGCUCCCCCCAGUCCAACAUCUGGGUCAAUAUGGGUAUGACCAGCCUGCGAAUGUUCCCACCGUAUUUACCCCCACCAAGAGCAGGUAACAUGCCGUCCCCCAACGCUCCUCUGAAGAGGGUGUUGGCCUACACGGGCUGCUUCAGCCGCAUGGGCACCAUCAAGGACAUCCACCUGUACCUGUCCCAGAGACUCCGCAUCAAGGAGGAGGACAUGAGACUCUGGCUCUACAACAGUGAGAACUACCUCACCCUCCUGGACGAUGAAGACCACACACUGGAAAGCCUGAAGAUCCACGACGAGCAGCAGCUAGUUAUUGAAGUCAGGAACAAAGACAUGAGCUGGCCUGAGGAAAUGUCAUUCAUCGCCAACAGUAGUAAGAUGGACAGACACAAAGUUCCCACAGAGAAAGGAGCCACUGGCCUCAGUAACCUUGGCAACACCUGCUUCAUGAACUCGAGUAUCCAGUGUGUGAGCAACACCAAGCCCCUCACAGACUACUUCAUCUCAGGGAGACACCUCUAUGAGCUCAACAGAACCAAUCCCAUCGGGAUGCGAGGUCACAUGGCCAAGUGUUAUGGUGACCUUGUGAUGGAGCUGUGGAGCGGCACGCAGAAGAACGUGGCUCCGCUCAAACUCAGGUGGACAAUAGCAAAGUACGCCCCGCGCUUUAAUGGCUUCCAGCAGCAGGACUCCCAGGAGCUGCUAGCCUUCCUGCUGGAUGGCCUCCAUGAAGAUCUAAACCGAGUCCACGAGAAACCCUACGUGGAGCUGAAGGACAGUGAUGGCCGGCCUGACUGGGAGGUGGCCUCUGAGGCAUGGGAGAACCACUUGCGUAGGAACCGCUCCAUCGUGGUGGAUCUGUUCCAUGGUCAGCUCAAGAGUCAGGUGAAGUGUAAGACGUGCGGACACAUCAGCGCUCGCUUCGACCCCUUCAACUUCCUGUCUCUGCCCCUGCCCAUGGACAGCUCCAUGCACCUGGAGAUCACUGUCAUUAAGCUGGACGGCUCCACGCCUGUACGCUAUGGCCUCCGGCUGAACAUGGAUGAGAAGUACACUGGGCUGAAGAAACAGCUGAGUGAGCUGUGCAGUCUGAAGCCGGAGCAGAUCCUGCUGACCGAGGUCCACACCUCCAACAUCAAGAACUUCCCUCUGGACAACCAGAAGGUCCGGCUGUCCGUCAACGGCUUUCUGUGUGCGUUCGAGAUCCCAGUACCAGGUUCACCAACAUCACUGAGCUCACCCACACUAACAGACAUCACCCCAAUAGCCAACGGCUCCGCUGCUAAUGGUAACCUGAGCAACAAGCCCGUCCUCACCCCCAACGGUGGGCCCAGCACCAUGGUGCCCUGCAGCCCUGAGACACCCCUGACCAACGGGGUCGCCAACGGACACAUCACACCAGUGCAGGAGAGCCCCUUCAUCGGAUACAUCAUCGCCAUGCACAGAAAGAUGAUGCGCACAGAGCUCUACUUCCUGUCAUCUCAGAAGAACCGGCCCAGUCUGUUCGGCAUGCCGCUCAUAGUUCCCUGCACUGUCCACACCAGUAAGAAGGAUCUGUACGAUGCCGUCUGGAUCCAAGUGUCCCGACUGGCCAGCCCACUGCCCCCACAGGAAGCCAGUAACCACGCCCAGGACUGUGAUGACAGUAUGGGCUAUCAGUACCCCUUCACUUUACGGGUUGUGGGCAAGGAUGGCAACUCAUGUGCCUGGUGUCCCUGGUACAGGUUCUGUAGAGGUUGUACAAUAGAGUGUACAGAGGACAGAGCCUCUGUAGGAAAUGCUUAUAUAGCUGUGGACUGGGACCCCACCGCCCUGCACCUCCGGUACCAGACCUCCCAGGAGAGGGUAAAAACACACUCUCUCUCUCUCUCUCUCUCUCUCGAAGACACACUGUCACUGUAUCAUGGCGUCGGUGGUCUCCCUGCAGAUCGUGGAGGGCACUGCAGUGUGGAGCAGUCCCGUCGGGCCCAGGCUGAGCCCAUCAGCUUGGAUAGCUGUUCUGAAGGCCUUCACCAGCGAGGAAAGAGCUGGGCGAGGACGAGCUCUUACUAUUGCUCCAAGUGCAAGACACACCGGCUUGCCACCAAGAAGCUGGACCUCUGGAGGCUGCCACCAGUUCUGGGAGGUCAGCACCCUCUCUCAGCCGGACCAGCAGCCCCUUCCGGCAGCCCAAAGACCGGCAGUGGGGGUCGCAGGCCAGGCCGGCUACGCCUGCCUCAGUUGGGCAGCAGACACCGCCUCUCCAACAGCAGGGAGGCCUUGGACUCCGAGUCCGAACCACAGGACACAGACACAGAUGGGAGCACAGCAGGGGCCGUGGCACCGGUCCCUCUCGGAUCCGGAGACGUGGUGACGUCAGAGACCUCGUGUGGCACCGAGGCGUCCAGCAGCCACUGCGACGUGGUGCUGAUGAACGGCGACAGCAACGGGCUGAGCUCAGACUGCAGCACUGAGAGCAGCAUGGACCCCGACAACUCACUGCUACAGCACAGAGACAACAUGUGUCUGGACGCCAUCUACAACCUCUAUGCAAUAUCAUGCCAUUCAGGAAUCAUGGGAGGAGGCCACUAUGUGACAUAUGCCAAAAACCCCAAUGAUAAAUGGUACUGUUACAAUGACAGCAGCUGUAAGGAAGUGCACUCUGAGGAGAUCGACACAGACUCAGCCUACAUCCUCUUCUACGAGCAGCAGGGGGUCAACUACUCGCAGUUCCUCCCAAAGGUUGACGGCAAGAAGAUGGCCGACACCAGUAGCAUGGAUGAAGACUUUGAGUCCGACUACAAGAAAUACUGUGUCCUCCAGUGAUGGCACCUCGUCUUCCAUCAGCCCAGCACUACACCCGCCGCUGCUCUGAGCAGGCAGCACCAGACGUUCAGAUCUGCUCCGCUCUGAAGAAUUCUCAUAAACUGCUAACGGCUAGAGUCGGACUGUGUCUCUCUGUCUUGCGUCGCAGCACUUUCUACACUUGAUCGCAAAACAUGGAUUAGUGCAAAGGUUUGCCAAGACAACAAAGCUGUGGUGAAAGCACUAAACAGGUGCACUUUGCUGAGCCCAACAAAACAAACCCCUCCGCCGCCUCCUCCUCCUUCUCCUUCUCAUGCCAUAACAUACAUGUAACAUAUACCUGCAUACUAAACGCAUUUCUGAAUGUAUGCCAGUAUGGCCAUAAGUCAUGAAGUGAUGUUACUCUGCAUUUAUCACUUGUGAAGCCAGAAUGAAAAAAACAUUUACACCCGGAGUUAUCAUGUGAUCCGAGCAUUACCACACUAAUUCCAGGUGUUAACGCAAAGCCAACCAUUGGAUCCAGAUUGAGUUUUAAAUGCCAAGUGUUAACGCAGCCCAAGAGUCAGAGCACCUGUGUCUGAUGCCACAGGUCAACGUGAUGUUGAAAAUUUGGAUAUCGUGACAAGCUUUAAAAAAACAAACAAAAAAAAAAACGGUUGUCUAAAGAUUUUAUUAGCGAUAGUGUCACUAGGGAAAAUAUAAGUCAUAUGCUACCUCAUCGCUUCACGCAGUGUGUCGGCCAACUGUACCCUAGAAAGUCUGUGACAGUAUUAAUAAUAAUAAUAAUUAAAAUGCUUCCUUUCAGCGUAGAAGUCGUGGUUACACACAUUUCAGGAAACCUUCCCCUUCAGAAAUCUCCCCUCACGCUCUCACAGGUCUUGGUGUGGACAUGAAAUUAGGCAUUCAUGCCACAACUGUGUCUCAUCCCACAGCUGCCAAAAUGUCAGUGGUGAUUUGUGCAAUGCUGACUUGUGUGUACACAUAACUUCUCCAAAAAUACACGAACAGCUUCAGUGUGAGUCUUGGUGUGUUUAGGACAGGUG